CUCCUAAAACCGCUCUGCGAUUGCGCCUCAGAGAAAACCGGUGCAUAUAUUCGUAUCACUGUGCUGUUCUACGAAGCUGGUGCGAGUUCCACGUCCAGCGGCAGCGCUGCGCUCGAGAUUAGGGCAGUGCAGUGUGCAGCUGAGCCACGCGUCGCGCCAUGGCGCGCUCGCUGCGCGCGCUGGCCUUGAUCCUUGCGACGCACUGCGCACUAGCGCGCCUUGGCGCACGGCGCACGGUCUUCGACGGCGUCCGCGCGCGGCGCGGCCCGAGCACGUCGAAGGUCGUCGACGUCUAUGCGGUCGGGGAUAGAUUGGACCGCUACGCGCUCGCGCUCGCGGCGACGGAGCCGCUGCGGCGCGCGCGCGACGACGCCCUGAAGCGUACCGUCGGAAGGCGCAAGCUGUUCGUCACACGCAAAUUAUUAAGGCGAAACCCGUGCGAGGGCACGGCUUUUUCCGCAAGUGACCGAACCAAAGAGGCCUGCGAGAUGUACACGACGACGGCGACGCGCGUUUUGAAGUCCUUUGGCUUCACGCCGUCCGAGUGGAACUCCGUCAGUCGCGCGCUUGCCUCAGACCGCAAUCUGAGGAAUCGCGUGCUCAACCAGGCGAAGCUCUACGGCCUGGCGUCGACCAUAGAGACGGGCUCGCUGAACGUCGACGACGGCGCCGUGCCCAAGUUACAAAUACCGGUCCCCGAGAACGAGGACGACUUGGUGCGCUUCGCGGCCGUCGCGCAGAAGGUCGAGUUGCUGCGCCAGCAGCAGCGGGCGCAGCUCGUCAAGUCCCUCAAGGGCGUCGACGUCUUCCCGGACUACCCCAUAUGCGACUCCGCGUUGUUGCCGAUGAUGUCGAAUCAGGUCCGGCGGACCUGCGCGUCGUUCCCGGCGCAAGCGCGCGAAUUGGUCCUCAAGAACGGCGUCGAGUUCGAGACGUUCCAGGCGUUGCUGGACAAGGCCGAGCGGAACCCGAUGUACCGGUGGAAGCUGGCAAGAGCUGUUAGAAAAUUGAAAAGGAGGCAGCGCGCGGCGCUCGAAGCCAAAAAGGUUUGAGUAAUUUCUCCCUAAUACUUAGCCAGGUGGUGGUGCCGCAGACUCCUUCCCAACCCCCUCUUCCGUCAGCGACUCCUGGAACCACGAGUCCGCGCUCCACACCGCCUUGGAACUCCCGAGCUUGUGGCUC